AUGUUGUUCAUUCAAACAGUCCCAUCCAAAACCCUAACCUGCACAUCCCUCUCAGGAAGAAACCCCAACAGUAACAGACUCAUCUCCAUCUCCAUGGCCACGGGCCGAGCCACCACUGCCGUGCCCUCUCCGCCGCAGCGAAGAAGAACCAUGUCCGCUCUCGAAGCCCGAAUCUCCCUCGUCGCCGCUCUCGCUUCUCAAGCCUCAUCUGUCUCCCAGCGACUUUUACUCGAAUUGGCCACGGAGACUGCCAAAUACGUCUUCCCCAAAAAUUUCGAGGCUCGUACUCUCGAAGAAGCCCUCAUGUCAGUUCCGGACCUCGAAACGGUGAAGUUCAAAGUUCUGAGUAGGAGAGACCAGUAUGAAAUUAGAGAAGUAGAGCCUUACUUUAUAGCGGAGACUACAAUGCCUGGAAAGACUGGUUUUGAUUUCAAUGGUGCAUCUCAAUCCUUCAAUGUCUUGGCUGAGUACCUGUUUGGUAAGAAUACGACAAAGGAAAAAAUGGAGAUGACCACACCAGUUUUUACACGUAAAGCUCAAUCUGAUGGGGUGAAAAUGGAAAUGACAACUCCAGUGAUAACAACGAGGCUGGAAGAUCAAGAUAAGUGGCAGAUGUCCUUUGUCAUUCCCUCAAAGUACGGUGCCAAUUCACCAUUGCCUAAAGAUCCAUCUGUAAGGAUCACAGAGGUUCCUAGGAAAAUAGUUGCAGCUGUUGCCUUUUCAGGGUUUGUUACUGACGACGAAGUUAAGCGACGGGAGUCCAAGUUAAGGGAAGCUUUGAAAAAAGAUGGACAGUUCCAAGUGAAGGAGGGAACUUCAGUUGAAGUUGCACAGUAUAAUCCACCAUUUACACUUCCAUUUCAACGGCGUAAUGAGAUCAGUCUGGAAGUCGAAAGUAAAGAGCAAUAG